AUGGGAAACUCAGUUUUUCUUAAGGUGUUAAGGUUUGGACGUAAAAGAAAGCUAAGCCCAAGGUUCAUUGGGCCAUAUCGGGUUGCAAGAUGGAUUGGGACAGUCGCUUAUCAGCUGGAAUUACCUCCUGAACUAGGCCAAAUCCACGACGUGUUCCAUGUUUCUAUGCUGAGACGAUAUCACUCGGAUCCUUCCCAUGUCAUGGCGAUUGAAGAAAUCAAGGUCAGACCAGACCUAACUUUCGAGGAAGAAUCUAUACAAAUAAUUGGUCGUGAUGUUAAGGUACUGAGAAGGAAGGGUGGUGGCGGUGUUGGUGGUGGGAGUGUCGACGGUAUGGGCGUGGUGGCCAAGGUGGGGCGUCUUGGUGGGGUUCGGUCUUGGUCGGUCGCAUAA